CGUUUCGUUCAUUCGUGAUUUGGAGCAGCGAGAGUUUGGAUGUGAGUGGUGUUGCGCUUUCGUCCGAUCAUAGUCGGUAUCCAUUUUGAAUUUUUGCUGAAACCAGUUUGUGCUGCAUAAUUGAAGAGAAAAAGUGAUUUACGCUAGCAAAAACCAAAUUUAAACAGCAGGGAAAGAGUGCAAAAGUGAACCAUUCAAAGCAGUAGAAAAUGGUUGGUUCGCGCGUUUACGUCGGGGGAUUGCCGUACGGAGUCCGAGAACGAGAUUUGGAGAGGUUCUUCAAGGGUUACGGGAGGACCCGUGAUAUUUUGAUCAAGAACGGAUAUGGAUUUGUGGAAUUUGAGGAUUAUCGGGAUGCCGAUGAUGCCGUGUAUGAGUUGAACGGGAAGGAGCUACUAGGCGAAAGGUCUGAUCGAAAUCAAGAGAGGCCACAAAAAACCAGAGUGGUCGUUGAACCGGCCAGAGGGACGGCACGUGGACCCGGUGGUCGUCGUGAGCACGAUCGUUACGAUCGAUAUGAUCGCCGUGGAGGAGGAGGAGGGCGCUAUGAUAAAAAUAGCAGCAAUUCCAGGAAUAGUUCGCGAUAUGGACCACCGCUGAGAACCGAGUACCGACUGACUGUGGAGAAUCUUUCGUCGCGCGUUAGCUGGCAGGAUCUGAAAGACUAUAUGCGUCAAGCCGGAGAAGUAACUUACGCCGAUGCUCACAAGCAACGCAAGAACGAAGGUGUCGUUGAAUUUGCUUCAAGCUCCGAUAUGAAGACCGCGAUUGAGAAACUGGACGAUACUGAACUGAACGGACGACGUAUCCGGCUGGUGGAAGAUCGCAAUGGACGCGCCGGUGGUCGAAACGGGCGUGGACGGUCUCGAUCGUCGAGUAGCCGGUCAAGAUCGCGGUCUCGCCGCCGUUCUCGAUCCCGCUCCCGAUCGCGACGAUCUUCGCGCAGUCGGUCCAAGUCUCGCAGCCGCUCAAAGUCCAAGUCCAAAUCUCCGGAAAAAUCACGCUCGCGAUCCCGUUCUCGUUCAAACAAGUCCCGCGAACGUGACUCCAAGUCAAAAUCCCGCUCUCGGUCGGCGAAACGCGAUUCUCACUCGCGUUCUCGUUCCAAGUCGGAGCGUCGUUCGCGCAGUCGAUCCAAAUCCAAGGACAACAAGUCCCGUUCCCGGUCCCGGUCACAUUCACGUUCGCGCUCCCGAUCGCGUGGAUCCCGCGAUCGUUCUCACUCUGCCGAUAAACGAGACAAGUCACGUUCUGGUUCGCCCAAAAACAAUGACCACUCGCCUGAUCGCAAUGAGAGCGUAGAGGACUAGAGUGACGACCAUCAUUUGCUGCUUUGGGAUGUAGGUUUACAUUUUAAUAUACACACACUAAUGCAUACAUACUCCGCCACGAAGAACGCUUAUUUGAUGAUGUGAAAAUAUCAUUUCAUUUCCAAUGAAUGGAAAUUGCAAUCGUUUGAUCGUCAAAUAUUAAGGGAGAAGCAGUCUUGCUUAGAACAUAAUACAAUUAAGUAAAGGCUUAAGCUAUGUUUACGUUCCGAUUUUAGAAAGCAAAUGUUGUUAAAUUUAGCAAUUGCAAAACGACUUUCUUACAAUAAAUGAAUCCAUUCUUUUGUUCUGCUGGUUAUUAUAAUCUGGUGUAAACGAAAUAUAUUUUUCUCACGCAAAUGUUUCUUUUAUCUGUAAGAUGAGUGGAUGCAACAUAAGAUAAAAGUUCUUGACAAAAAUAGGAAACAAACAUGAGAGAGUUCGCUUAAUCUCCUUGAUAAAAGGGGACACAGCAAAAUUGAGUCUGAUCUCACAGGUAGAGUGACAUAAUUCUAAAAACAAAAACUUUUGUUUUCCGCUUCUCCCUUUUCCAGCAGUGGCAGUCAGUACUAACCGUUUAAUUUUAGAUGAGGAAUUCCACCUCAAGUAGCGUAGUGUACGGUGUUUCGGCUAGUUAUUUAGGCAGGGCACCAAUAGUGGUAUCCCAUUGAACUUGAAUUCAUUUUAUAAGUAGAAACUUGACAUAAUUUGUUUCAUUCAAACUAUGACAAAAACUAGUUCUCCUAUAUGUACCUUUUUGUGUGCACGAUCAAACAAAAAUUGGUAUGUAUAUGUAAUCACAUAAUAAAGUAAAUAAAAAUCAUUCAAUAAUAUAA